AAAACAGAAACCUUUUUUUUUUUGUUCACAAAAACAGAAACCUAAAACGCUAUAAAAAUCGUCGCCACCGUUCCGUUUCCUCCUCGUCGAUGACGCUCUCCGACGAAUGUUGAUUUGUUGAUGGAAGCUUCUUUAGAAUUGAUUUCACAAUCUCUGAGCUAAAGAUUCUUGAGUUGGAAUUAAGAUGCCUCACAGAACAAGGCCAUUGAAGGGACUCUUGCUUUUCACUGGAAUAAACUUUGUGUUGGUGCAGACCAUUACUCCUGUCUAUGACUUUGUCUGCUUCUUGCCUUACUGGGAGAGAAGGAGAGAGCGAAUCCGGCAGGAGCGUGAAGCGGUGGCUGCAUCCUUACACAGCACAAACUCAACACAGAAAGCUACCCAAGCAUCUGUUGGAUGAUGAACUCUCCUCUACAUCUUCCCAAUCUCUUAAUCAGAAUUCCUCUUUGUACUGAGAAGGCAUCUUCACAUUUCUGCUCUGAGCUUAGAUUCAUUAGUAGCAAAUCUUGAAAGUUUGUGGGUUGUUUUAAAACAGGUGCCUUAAUCGUAGCUACUUUCAAAGAUUAAAGUGUCUUGGGUUUUUUUUUGUUUCAGGAUUCCACCGCCACUUUAGUCAUUUAUUAUUAUCAUUUUCAUGGUUAUAUAAUGUGAAACUAGAUGUGAUAAAAACUCGCAUAAUGGUACAUAAUUAACUUUUAGACGUUCUUA